AACUGUCACUAAGAGGAAGCUUGUCUUGUUUUGGGGAGGGCGAAGUAGUUUGUUUAUGCACAAACAAAACGUGGAACAAACUACAAGCACCAUCCCUACAUUCCGAAACCUCAUAACUACGAAUUAGACGAGGAUAGAGACCGAAGGGACCGCAAAGAGGGGGGCGUGACCGCAAAGCUGCCUACAGAGGAGGCACCGCGUCAGGCGCGUCAGGCUAUGUGCUGUCUAAAGCCAGCCACAAAGAAAAAAACGGAGAAGAUUGUAAAAAGGUAGACUGUAUUUGGGGCUGGUCGUGAAGAACGACGAGAAGCGAGAACCUUAAGUCACUACACCUGCCUGGGAAGCAGCAAGCGGGCUCUUUCUUUUGUUUCUCAGACGCUGAGGAGCAGAUUAUGUGAGAGAGAGAGGGGCUUUAAUGCUGUGGGAAGAGAGAAUGUGUGGGAAGGGCAUGAUGGGCCAGUGGGGGACCUGCAGCAGCAGAUUCUCCAUCAAAGACGAGUUGAAGGAGGAGUCGAGGAGAGUGGAGAGCCAGCGCAGCUGGCACAAGUGUGCCAAGAGACACGGGCAUCAUCGCUGGAGGCGAGGCCACCAGCCUCAUCCUGGCUGGUUCCAGCGGAGACAUCAUCAGUCCAGACCUCGCCUGAGCGCCGUGUCCCUGCGGCCGGCCAACGUCAAAGGCAACCGGGCGCCUGGCAUGAGAGCCCCGAGGAACACCAACCAGUUCCUCAUGCACGAGAAAUACCAGCUGAUGCACAUGCGAUCGGACUCGGUGGGCACGGACAGUGGCUCGGACUGCGAGCUGGACUUUGCAGACAUGGACGCCUACCUAGGCGUGCUGGAGAACGCUAGGGGCGCCCUUCUGGACAGCCCCGACCCGCCCUCGCCCCCUACAGCCCGCCUCGGCACACGGCAGCAACUGGGUGAGUGUCGAGCCUUCACCUUUUUCAGCUUCACCGAGCUGGGGCAGCAGGAGGAGAGCAUGCAGUACUUUCCGUCCGAGGACGAUGUCAUGCAGAGCGAGGACUUCAUGAGGAAAGACUUUAACGCGUUCUGUGACGCGGUGGCACCUUGUAUAUAGACCUGCCGCAGGUAAUAAAAACAAAAAACAACAACAAAAAAAUGCCAUUUGUAUGUACAUCCGGACCGACGAGUAUUUAUUACACUGUUGUAAGCCAUUUUUGCUGUUGUCAUGCCAUUUCACGAUGUUGUCUGUUGUUAUUUUUUGUUUUUGUAAGUGGUGGAAGGUUCGAUUCAGUCUUGCGAACCGAUUCUUGACAACUGUGCUUUUUAAACACCCGAACGUUCAAUUAAACGAUUCAUUGAUUCAUUGAA